ACGACGGGCAGGGCAGGGCAGGUAGGUCGUCUCCUCUCUCGUGUCUCCCCCCUGGCUCCCUUGGCUUUGGCUCCGCUCCAGGCUCCAGCCGAGUACCCGCCUCCUCCUCCUCGCUCGCCGCGGAAUCUUCUGGAAGCUUCUAGAUCCGGCCGCUACGAUCGGCGAAGAAGGGAUGGGGCAGGCCUUCCGCAAGCUCUUCGACGCCUUCUUCGGCAACAAGGAGAUGCGGGUGGUGAUGCUUGGGCUAGAUGCCGCGGGGAAGACCACCAUACUCUAUAAGCUGCACAUCGGCGAAGUUCUCUCCACCGUCCCCACUAUAGGCUUCAACGUGGAGAAAGUUCAAUACAAGAAUGUGGUGUUCACUGUGUGGGAUGUUGGUGGCCAGGAAAAAUUGAGGCCCUUAUGGAGGCACUACUUCAACAACACCGAUGCUCUGAUCUACGUAGUUGAUUCCCUGGAUAGAGAGAGGAUUGGGAGAGCCAGAGCUGAAUUUCAGGCCAUUAUUAAUGACCCUUUUAUGCUUAAUAGUGUUCUAUUGGUGUUUGCUAACAAGCAAGACAUGAGGGGCGCAAUGACUCCGAUGGAAGUAUGCGAGGGCCUUGGUCUAUAUGACCUGAACAACCGUAUAUGGCAUAUCCAAGGAACCUGUGCUCUCAAAGGCGAUGGCCUCUAUGAAGGAUUGGACUGGUUAGCAACAACUCUGGAUGAGAUGCGAGCUUCAGGGCGGAUAACUUCAACAUCAUCGUCAUGAAGAAUAACAAGGGAUAGUUGAUCCUUGCGCUAUGUGGAUUGACUUGAUGCCUGCAUCUUGCUUUCUUUUCCAUUUGAUUUCCUCCUCUCCUGUUGUAGCUAUUGGUCGUGAACUGGGCGAGGCUUUUUAGUAAAGCUUUGAUUCAGGCAAAACUGUAGUGUUACGAAAGACAGGUGACAGUGAUGCACUUGCACUUGGGAGGAGUGGUUGGUUUACUUACUGAAAGUUCAUCUUUUCGUGGAAGCGGGAGUGGUUGUAAAUAUAUGAAGCUGCUACUGUACUGAUAUAAUUGUGGUUGCUCUUGAACCAGUUGUAUUCGUGAAUUUUCAGAUUCGAAGA